AUUUUAGGUUUUUCCAAUAAAUUCUUGCUGCUGCGCACUGUUCCCCAUGAAAGAGCCCUGGGCUCUGUCCAUGCCCCUCACCAGCCUUUUCCCUGUUUUCACACAGAAAUGGACCCAAGCCAAGAGGCAGAUGAUUGUGGCCGAGUUUCAGCAGCUGCAGCAGUUCCUGGAGGAACAAGAGCGACUCCUGCUGACCCAGCUGGAGAAGUUAGAUGAGGAGAUUGGGAGGUUCCAGACUGACACUAUCAGGAACCUCUCCAUGCAGAUUUCCCGCCUCAGCGAGCAGAUCGGUGAGCUGGAGGGGACGUGUCAGAAGCCAGCAAAUGAAUUCCUGCAGGACGUCAGAAGCGCCCUGAGUAGGUGUGAGACGGGGCAGUUCCAGCUGCCAGAGAUUUCCCCUGAACUGGAAGAACAAGUCAGAGGGUUCUCCCAGAAAACGAUUGCUCUGUCGGAGACUCUGAGGAAGUUCAAAGGUACCUGGAAGGGAUGGAUGAGGGGAAAGUGGUUCAAUUAUCUGAGACUAUUGAAUCUGGCCUCAGAAGCCAACCUUCCCCUGCCUCAAUUCCCAUGUGGAGAAUGACGGCCCCAUCAGUCUGCUCUCCUUAGAGACACUGAGUGAACAGACCCACCUGCUUGCAGAUAGAGCCAGGGGUUUGCAAACUCUGAACCUCCCAUUCAGAGAUCAAAAUGGCCAAAGUUAAUGU